AUGUCUGCCCAUGACAGCGCGGACUCUGAGCCAGAGCCGGUUCAAGUCAACGAUGCCGACGCUCCGGUCAAGGACGAUCCUUCGACGAACGACGAGACACGUACCUCAUCUCCAUAUCCCAAACUCGAGUCCCCUUCCAACUCCGAUGAGUCUACCAUGAAAUCGGACGUCGGCGAGAUCGUACUCAAGCAGGAGCCUGGCCAACCGGCCAAACUGUCUCGCAGCUCGCGGAAAGUCGUGUCGCGACCCCCGCCGCUGUUUGACCACCUACCUGAUAGCACCCAAGAUGCGCUCGCCACGUUUGAACAGAUCCCCGGCUGCGUGUACGCCAACAAAUACAUGGGAUACACAGAGCACGCCAUGGAAUGCGAUUGCGCUGAAGAGUGGGACGCGAAGCUCGGAAAGAACAUUGCAUGCGGCGAAGACUCGGAUUGUAUCAAUCGCGCGACCAAGAUCGAAUGCGCCGGCGAAUGUGGCUGCGGUGCCGACUGUCAAAACCAACGGUUCCAGAAAGGACAGUUUGCACCGGUUGCCGUGAUUAAAACCGAGAAGAAAGGAUUCGGCUUGCGUGCGGAAACGAACCUUGAUCCGGGAGAACUGAUCUACGAAUAUGUCGGCGAAGUCGUGGGCGAGGCCCAAUUCCGGAAGCGCAUGAGGCAGUACGACGAGGAGGGCAUCAAACACUUCUACUUCAUGUCCUUGAACAAGGGCGAGUUUGUCGAUGCAACCAAGCGAGGCAAUUUGGGACGAUUCUGCAACCACUCUUGCAACCCGAACUGCUAUGUGGACAAAUGGGUCGUGGGCGAGAAGCUUCGCAUGGGAAUCUUCGCCGAGCGUGCCGUCCAGGCCGGCGAGGAGCUUGUUUUCAACUAUAACGUCGACCGCUACGGCGCCGAUCCUCAACCUUGUUACUGCGGCGAGCCGAUGUGCACGGGUUUCAUUGGCGGACGUACUCAGACCGAACGUGCAACCAAGCUGUCCAAUGCAACCAUUGAGGCUCUUGGUAUCGAUGAGGCCGAUGGCUGGGACACUGUUGUGGCGAAACGCCCCAAGAAAAAGAAGCUCGAGGAGAACGAUGAGGAGUAUGUGGACAGCGUGCAGCCCAAGUCCUUGAACGAGGAUAGUGUGACCAAGGUCAUGGCAGCUCUGGUGCAGUGCCAGGAUAAAUGGAUUGCAGUCAAGUUGCUGGGUCGUAUCCAGCGCUGCGAGGAUGAGCGGGUUCGAAGUCGGGUAGUCCGAAUGCACGGCUACCAGAUUUUGAACUCUCAACUCGCACAAUGGAAAGAAGACCAGAACGUGGUUUUGCAGAUUCUAGACAUUCUCGAUGGGUUCCCGCGCCUGACGCGGAACAAAAUCCAGGAUUCUAAGAUCGAAGCGAACAUCCGUCCACUGAUAACCUGCGAAGACGAGCGUGUGGCAAAGAAAGCUGCUGCUCUGCUAGAGAGCUGGGCUGGGCUUGAGGUUGCUUAUAGAAUUCCUCGCAAGAAACGUGGCAAAGACGCGAGGCACGCCGUCAACCAGUUUGAGCGCCGAGAGACUAGGCAACAACAACCUCAACGAAGUCCGAGUCAUUCUCCUCCACCUUUACAAGGUGCUUCACGCGGACCUUCGCAACAACGUCGAGACCAAGCUAUGUGGGGCAGACAGAACCGGCGUCGUCCGAUGCCGUUGCCGGAGGGGUGGUUCGCUGCGGAGGCAGAAGGCCGCGGCGUCUACUAUUAUUCUACAACUGGUGCUACAACGUGGGAACGCCCAACCUUGCCCGCCCUCCCUGCGAGACCUACGCCGGCUGAACAUGCCUCUAGGAAACAAUCCAACAUCGCUCUACAAAGCAUCAUUGACGACAUCAUGAACUCCCAGGAGGAAACGCCUUCCGACGUUCGGAAUAGUGACACCCCCUCGACUCCUCACCCCUCUGCUGACCAAACGGAGGCGAAACCAAAGGAUGGCGAGAAGUGGCGCAAGCUUCCGUUGGAGAAACAGAAGCGCAUUUACGAAAACACCCUUUUCCCUAUCAUCAAGCCUAUCGUGGACAGUUACAAGAACAAAAUCCCCCGUGACGAUCUGAAGCGGUUCGCCAAGGAGAUCUCAAAGAAGAUGGUCGAAAGCGACUACAAGAAGAAUCGCGUCACCGACCCCACAGUCAUGAUCUCUGCCAAGCACGAGAAAACCGUGAAGGGUUACUGCAAGUCCUACUUCCAAAAGGCCGCGGAGAAGCACGCCGCUCGCGCCAGAGAGAAGUCGCAAUCCGCCCAGUCCCAGGGUGCAACCACCAACACCGGAACCGAGGAGCCCAACACAGACACCAAGAUGUCCGGUGAUGACACUCCGGCUGUUGAUGGCGCGAGCUCUCCCAUGCCAUACGACGACCUCAAGCGCAAGCGUGGCUCCGUUACGUCUUUCGAUGGCUCCAUGGAUGGGAACAGUUCUCCCUACAAGCAGCAGAAGUCGAUCCCUCCGCCACCUCCCCCUCCCCCUCCUCCAGCCGGUGCUCCGAUGGACUACGCCGGCGAUUAUGACAUGGAUAACGACAUGGAUAACGGCGGUGAAGAAAUAUCUCCCGAGCACAAUGCCAUGGAGCAUAGUGCCAUGGAGACAGGCCCGUAA